UUGUGUGAAUGAGAGAAAGAAAGGCUCUUGACGUCACGGAGGAGCCGAGCCAACGGGCGCCUCUGGCCGGGCUCGCCUUGAUUACUAUCCUCCUCCUCCUCCUGCUUCUUCUUUUUGGGGCUCCAUUGACUGCUCUGGGCCAUGGAGGAGGGAGCCUAAGGGAAAGAACAGACCCACAGCAGACGCCUUCCUCCGGCACCAGGCCAUGCUCCAAGCCAACCCUGUUGCCAUGGAAGAGCAGCUGCGGGAGCAACAGCACCACCUCCUGGUCCUGCUCAACGCCGCCUCUUCGCGGCCCUUCUCCACGCUCUGGCCUCCUGGCAACACUUCAGCUGCCGCCACCGGGAGCCCCUCGGACCUCUCUCCAGCCACCGCCGCCACUGCCGCAGCCACGGUGGGGAGUGAGGAUGGGGCGGGCAGUGGUGGGGGCAGCGGGGGCGGUGGGAGCGGCAUGGGCAGUGGAGGAGGCAGCGGAGCGGGUAGCGGAGCAGGAGGCAGCGGCGGAGAUGUGUCUGCGGUGGCUGUGGCUGUCAAUCCGUGGGACGUGGCCCUGUGCGCUACAGGGACGGCGGUGGCAUGUGAGAAUGCGCUGGUCCUGGCCGUACUCUUCUACUCGCCCAACCUGCGGGCACCCAUGUUCCUCCUCAUCGGCAGCCUGGCCUUGGCCGACUUGCUGGCCGGCGUGGGCUUGGUGGUCAACUUCAGCGUCCAGUACCUACUCCAGCCGUCCAGUCAGGCAGCCACUUUGGGAGCGGCUGCCUUGCUGCUGACGGCCUUCUCGGCCUCGGCGGGGAGCCUGCUGGCCAUCACCGUGGACCGCUACCUGUCGCUUUACAACGCGCUGACCUACCACUCGGAGCGCACGAGGGCCUUCACGGCCACCUGCCUGCUCUGCCUGUGGCUGCUCUGCCUGGCGCUGGGCCUGCUCCCGCUCCUGGGCUGGAACUGCUUCCGCCACCCCACGUGCAGCGUCCUGCGGCCGGUCACCAAGGACAACGCUGCGCUCCUGGCCGCGGCCUUCCUCCUGCUCUUCGCCCUCAUGCUCCAGCUCUACUCCCGCAUCUGCAAGGUGGCCUGCCGCCACGCCCAGCAGAUCGCCGUCCAGCACCAGUUCACCUCCGCCUCCGCCUCCUCCUGCCCCGGCGCCCCGGCCUCGCCCUCCGGCCGUAAGGGAGUGACCACUCUCUCCUUGGUGCUGGGCACCUUCGCGCUCUGCUGGAUGCCCUUGGCCAUCUACGCCCUGGUCGCCGAUGCCACUUACCCACCCGUCUACACCUACGCGCUGGCCCUCCCGGCGGCCUGCAACUCCCUCCUCAACCCGGUCAUCUACGCCUUCCGCAACGCCGACAUCCAGAAGUCCCUCUGGCUGGCCUGCUGCGGAUGCAUCCCGGCCAGGUUCUCCUCCCGGCCUCGGACAUCCAGCGACGUGUGAAGAGGCGGCAGAGGCGGCGUAAAGAUGUGCGGGCCGUGCGUGGAUUGCGGAGGUCGAGUCGUCCUCUUCCUCCUCGGUGCAGGAGGAGGAUGAGGAGGAAGUAUCAAAGAGAGGGUAAAUUUGGGAGAAAGAAAGGCUGGGACCUUCCUUGCAGAAGAACCAGGAGUUCGUGGCAGCACGACACCUCGUCAAAUGAGGGUUAUUUUCUCACAUGGGAUGAAUUUAUUUUGCUAGGUUGUUUCACUUUGGCAUCUUGGCAUGGUGUCGGAUGUGACCAAAACAUAUCCACCCACAGCCUGAUUUUGACUCUCACAUUGCAUGGUUAUAACCCUUGGAUCCCACUUGUUGUUGUCGUUAGUCCAUCCGGGGUCCAAAUACAUUAGAGUCUCACUUAUCCAAGCUAAACGGGCCGGCAGAAUCUUGGAUAAGCGAUUAAGGAAAAGCCUAUUAAACAUCAAAUUGGGUUAAGAUUUUACAAAUUAAGCACCAAACCAUCAUGUUAUACAACAAAUUUGACAGAAAAAGCAGUUCAAUCCACAGUAAUGUUAUGUUGUAAUUACUGUAUUUACGAUUUUAGCACCAAAAUAUUGAAAACAUUGACUACAAAAAUGGCUUGGAUAAUCCAGAAACUUGGAUAAGUGAGGCUUGGAUAAGUGAGACUCUACUGUACCAGGAUUCUGCAAGAGUCAUCCUUGGCGGUUCAAGUGGGAUCAAAGCUCUGUAGCUGCAUGGUAUGGAAGAGAUUGUGUGAGUUCCCAAAAGGCUGGUCCUUGGAAGGAAUGCUGAAGGUAGAGUCCCAGAUCCCAGCAUGCUUGCACUAGGGAAGAAUUGCGUCCUUUGUGGUGACUGUUGGCUCUCACAUCAAUGAAACCAUCAAGCAGCACCACCUGAUCCCUGCGGAGUCAUGGCCUGCUGCCAACCAGGGCUGGUGGCCAGCCUCAGUUCAAGUUCUUCUGAAAUGCUUUUCAGAAGCAUUGGGCGGAGUAUCAUACCUGCCAAGUCAACCUGCCCCCUCCUUGACCAUGUUUCGCUUGAGGGCCGUUUUCAAAAGCCAAGCUUUGAUUCCUCCUGUUUACUUGAGUUGUCCUUUGGCCUUCGAGGGGAGGGUCCCAGCAAAAGUGCGGAGGGGAGAGUGUUGCAAUUUGGUUUUGUCUUGUACGAGGAUUAUCCAGAAAAUAGAUUAUGUUUUGGAAUUAAAAAUGAACAAAGUAUAAGAGAAAACGUUUACCAUAUGCAGUUGAAAGCCAGACCCAAAUACCACUUCUCAACAUAGUCGCCAUUCAAAUCUAGGCACUUAUCAUAGUGAGGAAUGAGCUUGGCAACUCCUUCCCAACAAAACUCUGCCACUUGCGUUCUCAAAAAGUAUAGGACAAAACAUUUACCAUAUGCAGUUGAAAGCCACACAUGGCAGUGUAGACUCAAGGCCCUUCCACACAGCUAUAUAACCCAUUUAUAAUGGACAUAAUGUCAGGGGAAAACUUUGACCCUUUACCUUAACUACCACCAAUUCCUCAAUACUUUAUUUCCCAGACCAACAUACUUCGCCACAGCAACGCGUGGCCGGGCACAGCUAGUAUAUAUAUAAAAGGGUAAUGAAAUUUCGGCCUAGGACAAAACAACAAAACUACACAUCCCAGAAACACUAAAAUUGGCAGCACAACCCCUCAUCCAUGCCUCUAAGUUAAUAAUAAUAAUAAUAAUAAUAAUAAUAAUAAUAAUAAUAAUAAUAAUAAUAAUAACUUUAUUCUUAUACCCCGCCCCAUCUCCCCAAAGGGACUCGGGGUGGCUUACAUGGGGCCAUGCCCAAACACAACAAUAUAAUAACAACAGCAAGACAAUAAAACAAAUGUCUCAACAAUAAAACAUCAGCAUCAAUAAAACAGUCAUAAAAGGUCCAUACAAAAUAAAAUGUUAAAAACAGGAGACGAAUACAUGGAUCUGGGCCAAAGUGCAGAAUAUUUCAGAGUCGGGGAGAGGUACGUUCAUACAACAAAAAGCUCUAGCUACUCCAGAAAACGGCCAGGCUUUGAGACUGCAAGGCUAUUCACUGCUAUUCCAUCUGGCCAACAAAGGAUUCCCAUAAGACACAGCAACGCGUGGCCGGGCAAAGCUAGUAAGAUAUAUAGUUGUGUCAUGUCUGUAUCUGCACACACAGGUGUGUUUUCUGACACCCUGCCUCAGAGGCUAAGACGUGUCACCUUAUGGUGAUGGAGUUAUGACACUAACAUAACACAAAACCAUGCUGCAUAGUACAUUGUGAUGUUGUGCCUUGGCAGAACAUUGUGCGUCAGGGCUCCUUGAGCCACGGGCUCUGCAUGCGCAGUGGUCCCGGUGGAGAAGCAACAUCUCUUGUCCUUCGAAAACAAGCGCUGCACGGUGAUGCAGUGCACCUUGCGCUGUUACAAGUGCAGGGAUUUGCCAUUUCACAGCACCGCAACCCAGGCUUUUCCUUCUCACAAGAAACUGCUGAGAACAAAGGCACACAGACGUGGUUGGCUUGCGUAGGCAUCAUCCCCCCGUGUGCACCAUUUGAAGCUUAAGAGCAACGCAUUACAUAACCUGCGCCUGCCCAUUUGUGGCGGCUUCCUCCUUAUGCAAGGGAUUUCCACAUCUCCUUGAAUUUCGGUCCAUUUUGUCUUCUUAUGCGCCAUGCUGUAUGUUAGCACUCUCUGUGUGUGUGUGUGUGUCUAUAUAUAUUAUUUGUAGCCCAAGGAAAUCUUGCCUCCUGUAAAGAGGGAAAAUGGAAAGGGAAUAGCAGCUAUAAUUUUGUGGGUGACAUGCACAGAUGUGCAAUGCAAUGGAGAGUGGCUUUUUUGAUGUGUCCACUGAGUUGUCUUUUGCAUCUGGAACCCUUGAAACAAUGCACCCAGAGCCUUUAUUGGAGCAACGUCUUGAAUAUAACCCAACCCAAAGUACAAAGUCACAAGCCAGCUUUUAAACCCCACAGAUCUCCCUGAGUCCCUUUGGGCAGAUAGGGCGGAAUACAAAUAAAGUUGUUAUUAUUAUUAUUAUUUUAUUAUGACACAGCAAACAAGAUAGAUAUGCUGGAUUUCGUAUCACAAAAUCACAAGUCGAACACUUCCCAAGUGUCUAGAACUGUGUGAUGUAUUUUCGGAUGAUGCGUGCAGAUCCCAGUAGGGUGGCCUUUUGCAGUUGGCAGAUCAUAAUUUUGUCAAUGCCUAUUGUUUCCAAAUGCCGGCUGAGAUCUUUUGGCACACCACCCAAUGUGCCGAUCACCUAUUAUUAUUAUUAUUAUUAUUAUUAUUAUUAUUAUUAUUAUUAUUAUUAUUUUAUUAUGACACAGCAAACAAGAUAGAAAUGCUGGAUUUCGUAUCACAAAAUCACAAUUUGAACACUUCCCAAGUGUCUAGGACUGUGUGAUGUAUUUUCGGAUGAUGCGCGCAGAUCCCAGUAGGGUGGCCUUUUGCAGAUGGCAGAUCGUAAUUUUGUCAAUCUCUAUUGUUUCCAAAUGCCAGCUGAGAUCUUUUGGCACAGCACCCAGUGUGCCCAUCACCACCAGGACCACCUGCACUGGUUUCUGCGAGAGUCUUUAAUAAUAAUAAUUAUUAUUAUUAUUAUUAUUUUAUUAUGUCACAGCAAACAAGAUAGACAUGCUGGAUUUCGUAUCACAAAAUCACAAUUUGAACACUUCCCAAGUGUCUAGGACUGUGAUGUAUUUUCGGAUGAUGUGCGCAGAUCCCAGUAGGGUGGCCUUUUGCAGAUGGCAGAUCGUAAUUUUGUCAAUGUCUAUUGUUUCCAAAUGCCGGCUGAGAUAUUAUUAUUAUUAUUGUUAUUAUUGUUAUUUUAUUAUGACACAGCAAACAAGAUAGAUAUGCUGGAUUUCGUAUCACAAAACCACAAGUCGAACACUUCCCAAGUGUCUAGGACUGUGUGAUGUAUUUUCGGAUGAUGCGUGCAGAUCCCAGUAGGGUGGCCUUUUGCAGUUGGCAGAUCGAUUAUUAUUAUUAUUAUUAUUAUUAUUAUUAUUAUUAUUAUUAUUAUUAUUAUUAUUAUUUUAUUAUGACACAGCAAACAAGAUAGAUAUGCUGGGUUUCGUAUCACAAAAUCACAAGUCAAACACUUCCCAAGUGUCUAGGACUGUGUGAUGUAUUUUUGGAUGAUGCGUGCAGAUCCCAGCAGGGUGGCCUUUUGCAGUUGGCAGAUUGUAUUAUUAUUAUUAUUAUUGUUAUUCGGGCAAAGCAGGGAAAGAAGGGAAGCAAUCCUUUCCAAAGGCAGACCUUUCCCGAUGUUGCUGGACUACAACUCACAGCUUCCUUCAACCAAGGAUGAUGGGGGUCGCAGUCCAACAAAUAUCGGCAUCUUCUUACUCUGUGUUUUGAACAAUUUGUGGUUUCUCCAUCGAGAGACAAUAAAGGGCAGUGAAAGCAAGGACUCUGAUCCGGGUUUCAGUCUGGACUUGCUAUGCAAACUUCUGAAGCAAAACUCAGCACCUUGGAGAGCUCUUGCAAAUGAUUAGCCAAAUGCCAAGUAGGAAGCCCAUUGUUUUGGCAUGUAAUUUCUCUGUUGUGAAUGCACAUUAUGAUCCUCCCAGGAGGCAAAAGGACACUUCCCGUCCCACUUUGGUCCAGCCAAGCCUCUGCCACGCACUUUAUGGACUUUUGGGGGAGAAGGGCCGAGGUGGGGAGCACAAACCCAAUGCUGUGAAUUGCACUGUUUCGCUCUGGUUGUAAAAUACUAUACAUUCAUCUGUGAAGAGUAUUUUAUUUUUCUUACUGUACAUAAGAUAUGUUUGCGAUUGGUCGAGAUGAGAUUUAGAUUUAUUUCCGAGAGAUUUAAAAGAACCAAACGGAGAUGUUCCAUUCUGGGGCGUUGGUUUCCCCCAGGUUUUGUGCCAAAAGUGUUGUUGCUUCUCUCCUUCUUGGAUAAAUGGUCACUGACGAAACGGC